UACUACUACGUAUACUCCGUACUGCUAUGUACGUAGUAACCUUUCUGACCGCAGCCUGCUUCAUCCUUCUUCAUCCUUCUCUCUUUGUUUUGCGAGUGCUUAUCGCUGCAAAAACGUCAAUCUCUCCUGACGCUCUCUCCGCUGAAACCGUCGCCAAUAGCCACGCCCCAAGCUGAGAGACGAUAACCAAUUUCCUGCAAACGCUUAGGCCCAGGCACGGCCUGACCCCGCAGCGAGCGAAGCAAGGAACCAGUCAAAGGUCCAGAGGCCGUGGAAGUCAGAAGACAGACGACGCCAGGCGGAACAAGUUUAGCUUCUCCUUCUGGCACGAGGAGCAACUUGACUGGACUGUGACUGGAAUCGGCGCGAUCAGCAGGUGCAUGGAUGUCCAUCUGGAUUAAUUUUGGCCCUUGACCAGAAAAAAAAAGUGUCCAGCUCGCAGCUCCUCUUUUUGUCCUUGUCCGUUCAUCUCUCCACAGCCACACAACCACGCUCUCCCGAGGACAACCACCGAACCGCGAAUCCACACAACCUGUUCCGCACUCCCACACUCCUACAACCACGGUUCACACAUUAUUCUGUUCCUGAGACUCUUCUCCUUCCCAUCAACUCAAGACUCGGUACCAGAAACUGCAGCCCCCAGUUUCCUCGACUCGCUUCUAUUGUAUCCAUCCUUACUCCGUACCAGUCAACAAACACAGAAAGCAAACCCCUCGCGCUCCAUCUAUUCCCCGGUGCCUGGCCCAUCUAACCCCCACCACACUAUUCGCCUUGACUGCUGCCAUCUCCUGACGGCUCUCAGGUUUCAAGACUACAAAAAGUUUUGGACUCGGGAGUCGUCUGAUAACUUCCUCAAUUAUUCUUGCACAAUAAUGGCGUCCUCAAAGGAUCAACCAUCUUCUCGUCCUGCCUCGGGCAGCUUUUCGAGGCCCUCGUCUACCACGGCCCGACAGCAUUCCCACUCCAUCUCCUUGGCUCCUACGAACCCUUCUCACCGAGUCAAUCGUCGAAAGAGUGUCAUCACUUCCACAACUGCUCAGGCUGCGAUUGCUGCGGCAUUGAGGGAACAAGGAGACGCGUCGGUCAUGCCGUUGCACAAUCAUCGAAGGAGCCUGGGCUCGAGAAAGACUAUGGAAUCACAAUCGAUGAGUGCUAGACCCAGUAUGCACUCCUACUUCCAUGGGACUUCUGGCAAUCGCAGCGGUCAAGACAACGAAGCCCUCGAGGACAACUCACAAGAUGAGGAUCUGGCACAUUCGUCCAAGAGCAUGAGCACCAAGCCUAGAAACAGGAGGGCAAGUGACGGUUCAUACUUGAUCAAGGGCGAGGGUAAAAAGUCGGGAGCUGAGCUUCGCUGCGAUACCUGCGGCAAGGGAUACAAACACAGCAGCUGUCUUACCAAGCAUCUGUGGGAGCAUGAUCCAGCUUGGGCAGUCACCUCCAAACUGCUCAUCUCCAAGCAUCAGCAGGUCCAGCUUUUGGAAGCUGCUUCGGUUCUGUGCAACAUGAACACGGAGAAUUUGCCAACGGCUCACUCCGACAUUGAGGCGUCUGCCAUCGACCCGAGUGAGGGAUCUUCUGCAUCCCCAGGCUUCUCCUCGUCCGAGAUGCACGACGAGGUCAGCUCGGUUGAGACAACACCACCUCCCAUGAGCGAAGCUGCCUACCCGGUCCCUGACACUAAGCGUUUCAGUGUCAGCAGCAACGGGUUCUCUCGCUCAUACCGCUCGGUCCCGUCAAGCUCCUAUACCGAAAGCGUUCUGUCUCCUGGCCUUCCACCACACAGGUUCUCCGGGGUAGACUUCCGCCCCAGCACAUCUGGCACCGAUGAUGGCACUCUUGCAGCAGCCACGGCCGGCCUCACUUUCAGUGGGACACCUCGCACGAAACCCACCUAUUUGGGCUCUGAUGUGCCGCCUGUACCACCACUGCCACAACAGUACCAGUCUUUCAACAGCAAAUCGUCUGACAGUACAUUGACAAACGUAUAUAAUCCCUUGUUGCAGUUGCAUCCUCCUACCUUGACCCAAAACGUUUCCGAUGAGCGCGGUUACCGCGAAAGCAACGACGACAAAGACAUCAACAUGGAGGAUGAAGAGAUGUUCAAGAUGGAGGAAUAAGGCUGACCAUGCUACAAAUUCGACAACUGAGAGUUUCCGUCGCUUAUGACGACCAAAUGUUUCCUACAUUCUUUCACCAGACGAAUUCUUUGGAGGAUUAAGCGGCAUAUUUUCUAUGUAUCUUUUGGGGUGCUACAAGAAAACAGAGACAGAAAAUUACCAGCCCAGGCUCCGCGGACAGAUCCUGAAAGCACCGAUGAGUUGACUCGUACUACAAGACGCAGUCGACGAGGUUAAAGUGAGUGGGACUGUCUUGGUCUUUGCGUUGAGCAGGCGUCACAAUAUGUUAUCACGAAUUGGAGUUAUCGGCUAUUUGCAGGAAAGCUACAAGGCAUAGCAAGCCAAUUUCAGUAGGAUGAAAUGAUAUUGGAAUCCAUCAUUGAAGGACCGAGAAGAGGCACGUCCAGUUACAUGCAGGGGAAGAGAGGAGAAAGGAAAACGUUACAUGGCUUCCCCUGUCUCACCCAUGUUUCUGUAGGAACUUUUCUGGCCUUUGAGUUUUUGGGACUUUUGGCUUUCUUGACUGUUGAUGUUUUGUGAUGGCCGUCAACCGCGCUUUGAUCAGCACGAUUGGCAUUCGGUAGCGUAGUGAUUGUCGGUUUUCCACUUUUGAGUCUUGGUACGGGCUCGCCGGCGGAGUCCAUCUGCGUCACGCUGAUCAGGGACGGCGGAGCUCCAGUUCGUUCAGGAGUGGGAACUGUACCAGUAUCUUACACAGGGUCUAGACGAUGGCGACAUAUCUUG